AUGAUAAGUAGUAAACGUAAGUUACUUACGGAAGUUGGAAUAAAAGACAAACAAUCAUCUUUAAAACAUCACAGCUUGAGAGAUUCAAAGUAUGCUCAUAAAACGGAUGAAAAAGAAGGAGAUAAAAGAGCUUUAAGAAGACUUCGGCUUACGUGCGUUUAUGCUUCAAAAAUUUUAACGAUUUCAAGGACGUACCGAAGUGAAUGA